AUGGCGACAUCGAACUCGUACUUCAUCCCCGGAUAUGGCAUCUCUCGAGCGGUGAUUCAGAACGAAAUAAGAUAUCACUGUGGUCCUGACGCGAUCGUCAGACCAUACACCUUCCAAGCGCAAAUCGAGGACCUGAAGAUGUCGUCCCGCGAGUACGAAGAGAAGCAAUCGCGCAUAUCCGGCGAGCACGAUGUCUUCGUCAACGCGCCCAUUCCCAUCACCCAGAGGAUACGACGCAGUCAUUGA